CAGCAGUCCACCUGGUUCUGGGGAACCGACCCCGUCCACAUCUGGAGAGGCUACCCCAACGAGCUCGGGUACCGCGACUCCAUGGGACAAGGCAUCACAGAUCUCGAGCGACAGUGUCAUUUUCACGCCUUCAAGCGAGUCUGGGAUCCGUUUUGAAGAGUUUGACCAGGACCAAGAGACUAUGAACGCCAUGUUGGCUUACGAUGCAGGACGCGACCUCAUCCAGAUUCACGAGGUGAAGACCCCAGAAGAAGCUCACACAUUACUACCUGAACGACUUGCCUGCGUUUACAACAUGUACUCGAACGCAGCAUCACUCGAGACGCUCCAUAAAGAGCUCAAACAACACAAAGGUGAUUACUCCAAGCUGUCGGCAUCAUCAGCCGCCGUCAUCGACAAGUUACAUGAUUCCGCGGUGGAUCCUCAAAUGAUUCCAAAGAUGGUCGAAUUCACGAGAGACUUCUACGAUGGCUCCGAGGAGAUCGGGACUCAGCUGUCUAUUCAGUACUUCACCCACAUGCCAAUCACUUCUAAAGCCGUCAUAAGCGACGUACUGGCAGCGCAUGGCCUGAUGUUCUGGGGAACUGCGACCGACCACGAAGACGACGUCGCAGCAGCGGAAUUUGGCGCCUUGUUUCAAUGUAUCUGUUCAGACGCCGACAAAGGAUCAUCCCUAGCUCCCAGCAGCAACAGGUCCUCCCUCGCUCCCGGCAGCAACGUUGGCACUCCUCGUCCCCUCAGCUGGAGAUCAGGCACAGCGACGCCGACUGGGCCUGCACCCAAGAAGCUCAAAUCUGGAGGCUCUCCUGCAGCUUCAGAUGCCACCAGUGACGCGUGAUGAGAGCGAAAGUCCCGGAGUCGUCUCAUC